AUGGAUGGAGAAAAAGAUUUUUCAGAUGUAUAUUUUGGUCUUAAUUCGGGCUCACCGGUGAAUGUUGGUCACUUAUUUGAAACAGACAAGUCAUUUUGUAGUCGACGUGACUUGCAAAUAUUUGUCAGAAAUGUCGGGCAAAAAAAUAAUAUAGGCAUAGUUGUUACUGCUUCUAGAGGUGGUGAUGGCAAGGGAUUGGGUGAUGCAGUUGUAUAUUUUGGAUGUGAACGUUCUUUAUCAUAUCGUAGAAAUAAAGAAAAGGACAAUACUUCUGAAGUUAAGAAUAAGAAGCGCAGCAGCGGAACCAAAAGAUGUAAUUGUCCAUUUCGUCUCAAAGGAAAGGAAAUUUCUGCAGGAGAAUGGAGAUUAUUUGUUAUUGACGGGAAUCACAAUCAUGAUUUUCCUAUAUAUAACGUGGGUCGUUCAAUAAUGAGCAGGUUGUCUGAGGAUGAAAAGCUUAAAGCAAAAGAGAUGACACAAGCUCAUGUGCCUCCUUCUCAGAUCUUGAUUUCUAUAAAGAAUGAAAACAAGGAGAACUUAACAACGAUGAAACAAGUGUACAACUACCGGCAAACUCUAAGGAAGGAAGAAAUGGGAGAUCGAUCAGUGACUCAACAGCUUUUGAGUUAUUUGAAUAAAGAAUCCUACUUUUUUUCGUAUAGAGCUUCACCCACUGAUGUGGUUACUGAUUUGUUUUUUGCAAACAAAAAGGCCGUGCAACUUUUGCAUCAGUUUUACUAUGUGCUGAUUAUGGAUUGCACAUACAAGACAAAUAAAUACAAAAUGCCAUUGCUACAAAUAGUUGGAUGCGUACCAACCGGGAAGAAUUUUGUCGUUGGGUUGGCAUUUUUACAAGAUGAGAAAAAAGACAGCUUUGAGUGGGCUCUUCAGUGUACAAAAGCUCUCUUCGAUCAAAAUCAUCUCCCGGAAGUCAUUGUCACCGAUAGAGAAUAUGCUUUGAUGAAUGCAAUUGAUGGUGUGUUUCCUAGUAGUUAUCAUAUGUUGUGCACACGGCAUAUUGCAAAAAAUGUGGAAUCUCGGGCAAAAGUUGGUACUAGGAGUGAAAUAUUUGCACGAGGAUUCGUGGGUCGCUGGAAUCAGAUUGUUCAUGCUGAGACAGAAGUCGACUAUGAAGAAAAAAAUACGUGGUUGAUUCAUGCAAAAAAAUUUGUGCAUGCUUACACGAAUAAGGUGUUGCACUUUGGAAAUCGAACCACUAACAGAGUUGAAAGUGCUCACAACGCAUUAAAGAGAUUUUUGAAGACAUCGACCGGAAGUUUGGACACAAUUUGGUCGAGGGUGCACUCAUUUUUAGAACUUCAAGAAAAUGAAAUUAAAGCUAGUUUUGUCAGGUCAACAAACAAAGACCUUCAUAUCAGUGUUUUACAUCUGUUGACCGGGUUGACUGGUAAAAUUUCUCACGUCGCCAUUAAAAAAGAUUUAUGA